CUUAAUUUUGUAGGUUAGGUGGUAUGAGGCUGCUACGGUUUUCCGUUGAUUAUAGACAAAAUAGGGAGAAUGGACAAAUAUGGAGACUAACACGGGAGAAUGACUGAAGGAGUGUUGGAAUGAAACAAUCCCUACGCUGAAAAUGAAAAAACGAGAUCUUGGGAACAUGUGCAUGUAUAUUUUUAUAACAACAGUAGCUAUUUUAGUAGUAGCCGAGAUAGUUUUGUUUGGAUUUAUCAUGAGAGAUAUAAUAAAAACAUAUUAAGCG